AUGGAUCCCUUCAACAACCCGAACAACCCGAACAAUCCCAACUACCCGACCAACCCCAACAACCCGACCCAACCUAAUGUUUUCUCGGUUCCGGGAUAUUAUCCGACGCUAGAACCGAACCAAUUCUCGCAAUAUUCUUCAAAUUCGUUUGCAUCAUUCCAACACUCGCCAAACCAAUUCGCUCAAUUCUCUCAAAAUCAAGCCCUUCAACAAAUGAUGAUGCGGGGUGCUUAUAAUUUCCCACUGAACCCCACACCACCCGUUCAACCCCAGCUGAUCCCGAUGCAACCCUUUCAACAAUCCGAACCCGAAGACGAUGUUGAGGUUGUUCCCGAAACCCAACCGCCUAAAGGAAAAGGAAAACGAAACAAAGGCAAGCAAGUGGUGGGUGAUCAACCGUCCAAACCGAAGUCGACUAAGUGGACACCAAUCGAAGAAGAAGCCUUAGCCAAGGCUUACAUUGGCACGUCUGACCACCCAACAAAAGGUAAUAACCAAUCGGGUGAGGGGUUUUGGUCCAAGGUUUUGGCGAAGUUCCUCGUCCUUAUGGACCAAGGCCCGUAUCGAGAUAUCGACUCGAUCUCCUCAAAGUGGCGGAAAAUGAACUCGUCCGUCAAUAGGUUUUGCGAGGAAUAUAAUAAAUUGUAUACAAGUGACCGUUGUAGGGACAUGAGCGACGACGAUGUGUUCAAAAAAGCGUUGGACAAGUAUAAGCAGCAUAAUUGUGACAACCCGAACUUUUAA